UUGAACCGGCACUGGCACACAGAGGAUCAGCUGCUACAGUCCGCUGGCUUCCAGUGAAGUUCAGCCUCUGCGCGGCGGCUCCUUUGGAACGGCGCGCGCGCGCUGAGACGCGUCACGUUAUUCGUCGGAAGUUGACCGCACCGCAGUUUGAGCCGCGCGCGCCGACAGCAGACGGCGGCGGUGCAGCCUGCAGGGACUCUCGCCGCGGUUAACGACGCUCGCUCCUGGAUGUAACGCUUCAUAACCCUGUUUCCAACCGGCAGCAGCAGGGCACGCGCCGAACGAAAGUUUCCGUUUGUUUGUUUUGUCCUCUUGGAUGACCGAGAGCGCACUUGGCGGUGGCCGUUCCUUUCCGCGAGCUGACCGGGGCUGCGGACGCUGCUGGGUGGCUGAGAUGCUUGCUCGUGUCAAGUUCCAGGUGUGGAGGUCAACGACGAUGUCGGGGGUCGCUGGUUUUGGGAAAUGAUUACUGGCUGCAUCGACGGUGAAAUAAUGGUCAGAAGAUGCCUCGUGACGUUCAAACCGUUCAGGAUAUUUGUGGUGGGAGUCGGCUUCUUCAGCCUGUGUUUUCUAAUGACCUCGUUGGGGGGGCAGUUUUCAGCCAAAAGACUGGGAGACUCUCCUUUCACCAUCCGGACAGAAGUGCUGGGGGGUAUGGAGUCUCGUGGUGUUCUGAGGAAGAUCAGCGACAUGCUGGAGGUCAUUUUGAAGAGGAUGGACAGCCUGUCGAAACUGGACAACAGCAGCAGUACAGACGCCAGGCGGCUGGAUGAGCUCAGCUCUGCCAUCAACAGGUUUCAGCCAGCUGGCCUGGUGGAGAGGAUCCAAGCUAUCGCCCAGAACGUCUCCAACAUGGCCGUCAGGGUGGAGCAAAUUCUGCAGAGCAGCAUGGUGCACACCAGAGUGGUGAGAGACGGAACCUCGAGCCAGUGCGACAUACCCAGAGACAACCGCUAUCCAGAGUGUCCCGGAAAAGUAGAUUGGAUGCGUGCCAGGUGGACGUCAGACCCGUGCUACGCCUUCUAUGGGGUGGACGGUUCCGAUUGCUCCUUCCUGAUCUACCUGAGCGAAGUGGAGUGGUUCUGCCCCCCUCUGCCCUGGAGGAAUCACUCCAGCCCCCCCACCCAGCAUUCACAGUAUACGAAGUCCCCCAAAAGACAAGCUGCCUUCCGCACCGACCUCUCCAUGCUGCUUGACCAGAUCGGCGGUGGAAAAGAGUCGCUGAGCUUCAUGAAGCGCCGGAUCCGCCGCCUCACCCAGCAGUGGGCGACUGCAGCCAGCCGCCUGGAGGCCAAACUGGGGCAACGAUGGAGGGACCAGAAGAAAAUCCUGAUCCAUGUGGGCUUCCUGACAGAGGAGUCAGGGGACGUUUUCAGUCCAAAGGUGCUGAAGGGAGGACCCCUGGGAGAAAUGGUGCAGUGGGCCGACAUCCUGACUGCCCUUCACGUUCUGGGACACAACCUGAAGAUCUCCAUGUCUGUGAAGGACCUUCAGGGGUUCCUUGGCGUGCCCCCUGGCAGAGGAAGUUGUCCACUCACCGGUCCGUUGCCCUUUGACCUCAUUUACACCGACUACCAUGGCCUGCAGCAGAUGAAGCAGCACAUGGGCCUGUCACUCAAGAAACACAAAUGUCACAUACGAGUGAUCGACACGUUUGGUACCGAACCGGCUUACAACCACGAGGAGUACGCGACCCUUCACGGCUACCGGACCAACUGGGGCUACUGGAACCUCAACUCCAGACAGUACAUGACCAUGUUCCCUCACACGCCCGACAACUCCUUCAUGGGCUUCGUAUCGGAGGAGCUGAACGCCACUGAGAAGAGGAGCAUCCAGCAGAACAAGGUCAACAACAUGGCUGUGGUGUACGGGAAGGAGGCCAGCAUGUGGAAGCUUCAGCAGGGCAAGGAAAGUUUCCUGGAAAUUCUCCACAGAUACAUGGAGGUCCACGGCACAGUCUACUAUGAAACCCAAAGACCCCCUGAAGUCCCAGCCUACGUGAAGAACCACGGCCUGCUGCCUCAGCACGAGCUGCAGCAGCUCCUCCGCAAGGCCAAGCUUUUCAUUGGCUUCGGAUUCCCGUAUGAAGGCCCGGCCCCACUGGAAGCGGUCGCCAACGGCUGCAUUUUCCUCCAACCCAAGUUCCAGCCUCCCCACAGCUCACUGAACCACGAGUUUUUCCGAGGAAAGCCCACGUCCAGAGAGGUUUUCUCCCAACAUCCAUAUGCAGAGCAGUACAUCGGCAGGCCGCACGUCAUGACUGUGGACUACAACAACUCCCUGGAGUUCGAGUCUGCUAUCAAGGAAAUCAUGAGAAGCAAGGUGCAGCCCUAUCUGCCUUAUGAGUACACAUGUGAGGGGAUGCUGGAGAGGGUUCACGCCUACAUUCAGAAUCAGGACUUCUGUGCAGCGGAUCCUCCUUUCAUUCCCGCCAACCUGUCCAGAAAAGGAUCUGGCCCUGGCAGCAGGACAACAGGACCUCUGUUUGUGCCUCUGCAGAACUCCACAGCGCUGGUCUGGGCAUCCGAUGUGAGAGCGCCGACCGCCUGGCCUCCCCUCAGCUCCCUCCGGCUGCUCGCGUCUCAAGAGGGACAGUCUUGUGUCGAGGCCUGCGGCUUGACGGGAUUCAUCUGUGAACCCGCCCACUUCCGCUUCAUCAACAACAAGGAGGCUCUGCGUGGGUUGGAGGUGCAGUGUGAGGUAGUGGACUCGGAGAUCAACCACAUCCUGCCAGCCUUCUCAGUCAUGCGACGGGAAUGCGGCCUGCAGCGAGAUCCGCUACUCUUCAGCUGUGCAGGACACUCGCCCAAGUACAGACGUCUUUGCCCCUGCAGGGACUUCCGUCGUGGGCAGGUGGCGCUGUGCAGAGACUGUCUAUAAUGACAGGACGUGUGAAAGACUGACACAAAAGGACAGGGCACCAAGAAACGUUGUUAUUUAACCCCCCACCGCUGAUAAUCUCCACAUUUUGCGACUGCAUCUUCAAGACCGGUGAACCGCGGUGACUCUGUGGUGGCACCGCCAGCUCAGUAUCCAGACUUCUCAGAACUUGGACAGUAGAAUCAGAAGAUUCACUCCAGGGAUGGACGUUCAAAGAAACCGUUUCUGAUCAGAAACUGAUUAUUUUUCAAUAAAUAAGCCUUCAGAGCUGAA